GCUCCUCCCUCCGUGCAUGACAGCAGCACAAUAAUACAGGAAGCCCUGAAUCAGACUGGGCAGAAGGGCUGUAGGCGACCUGACCAAAUUAUUUGCUUAUUUAAUCACUUUGGAAGUGGCGAUAACUAAAAUCGGGCGUGUGUCACAUUGGGCAAGAAUUUGCUGCAACCUGCUGGGAUAUUAGCAAGAUGGAAGAUCAGAACAAGGGAGAGGCUGCAUUCAGUGGAGAUGAAGCUAGUAUCAUUGUGAAAGAGUGUGUAGAUGUUAUCUUGGGUGGAGUUGACUAUGAUGAGAAUCGAAUCAAUGAGUGGAUGUCUGCAGUGGUUGAACAGUCUUUAACACACCUGGUAAAGAUGGGAAAAGCCUUUAAAUACAUUGUGUCCUGUACAGUCAUGCAAAAACGAGGAUCUGGUCUUCAUGCUGCAAGUUCUUGUUUUUGGGAUAACAACACCGAUGGGAGUUGCACAGUACGAUGGGAAAAUAGGACCAUGUAUUGCAUUGUCAGUGUGUUUGCUGUUGCCAUUAACUUAUAGCCAAUCUCAAGAACACAGACAAUCUCCUAUGCACGUGCCAGAUCUUAAACAUCAGUAACAAAGACUUUCACAAAGAAAUCCUAUUAUUGGCAUUACCAAACUUCAGCAGCUUAGCUGUCUAAUUUGAGAAGAAGCUAAAGCACAACUAACUUGACUUCCAUUGAGCACUAUAGGAAUCAACAAGCAACUGCCUUAGCCUGCCGUUACAUAAGCCUGCAGGUGACACUCUAGCCUGGCUUGGUUUUAUUGUAUCUAGUUAUAUACAGCAGCUUCUCAGGAAAAAAUCAGCAAUGGGAUUUCAUAGAUAUUUACAAGAAAGAGUGAAGGAAUACUGCAAUGAAUUUUUUGUGUAUACAGCACAUACACACAAUAUAUAAAAACACAAAUAAGCAUGGCAAUAUAUUAAUGUGCUACAUUUAGAUCAUUUUGAAUUGGUAACUACAGAUUUAUACUGUAUACUAAAUUAUAUUAAAAUAAUGGACUCUAAAUCCUUAGUUACAACAAAUAAAGGGCCGCGGCUUCGUUCAUCUAUGAAUUAAAUAAGUUUGCUCCUGCAUAAAGAUAAAUGCUAUGUGGGGCAGAAAGGCCAAAGGCAGCUUGGAAAAUGUUUCAUGCUAUGUGUUUUUCUGCACUCAAAAUGUGUUUCAGAAUACUCCAAAUUGCACUUACAAUUUUGUGUGCUAUUUUCAACAAAAGCUUAAUUGCAUUUUAUGUAAUUUUAGGAAUGCCUAUCAUAUAUAUAUACACAAUAAUGCACAUAUAUGAUUUAAUAUUAUAAAAGUAUACAUAUAUUUAGAAUGGUAAAUAGCUAGGACCACCAGGUUUGGUUUUGAUGAAGGAACGGCAUCAUUAUAAUUAUAAGGAUAUAACUGAAAUGUUUGCACAUCCAGAGAAUGUACUGACAUAUGUGCUAAUUGCUUUCUUUAUGUAAUUGCAGUGUUGUGCAUAUAUUUAUUGAGAUUUUUAAAUGAGAUUAUGAUAUUUAAUAACCUUUUUUGGAUUUCCCUACAGGUUGGUGUUUCCUUUUCAGCUUUUUCAGAGCUUUUUUUUUUUUUUGCUUCUGAUGCACAAAUUUUUCUCCUAGUGAUUUUUAAGGCAAAUAUUACACUGGUUGACGACCCAGUAAAACACUACAAACAACUGAGCAGUAAAUACUACUUGCUAAAUUCUAAUUACAUUACAUUAUUACAUAAAUCACAAUGGGAGAAUUUAAUGCUGGAUAUAGAAUGGAAAAAGCACACGUUUUUGGAUACAUAUGUAUGUGAAACUGGAAAAUGUAGAUAGAAUGAGCGUCAGGUUAAGUUUUAUAGAUUUAAGAAAUGAAAAGUUUGUAGAGAGUUGGUAACAGAAGGUAAGUUAGGCAAGGAAAGCUAUAGCAGGAUCAUGCCUUGAUCACAGUGUAGGCCACCUUAAGCCACUGCCAAAAAUCCGCACGUCUCCACUGAUAUUACUACUUUACAGAUUCUGCUUCUUCUGCCUCUCUUGAAACCAGUUGCAUGGAUAAUGAAGGCAAAGGAUAUUUUCUAAUUUCCUUUGAAACUUGACAGUCUUUGUGAACCCAGUUUUUCUGUUCCUAUACUGUGACACCACUUAAUAUUUAGUAAGACAAAUCGUAGAGAUAUUAUAUUGUUUUGUUUCAAGGACUUCUAAGAAUUAGAAACCUAGAAUUGAUGCUAUACAAUAAGUAUCUGCCAUAGCAGAAGUUAUAUUUUUCCUUAUUAAAUGAAGAGGGUGUAUUUGUGAUCAGGAAUAUCAAGAUAAUUCACUUUCAGUCCAAAUAGUAUUCACUCCCACAGGGGGAGCACCACUGCUUUAGAAUAUCCUGGAUUACCACUACUACUCAAUGUAAAUAGAAAGAGAACUAAGUAUUUGAAUACACAAUAAUUCAUUCAGUAACGCUUUUAUGGGAAACUUAUCUGUAGGUAAAAAUAAAAUAUUUUUAAUAGUUUAUAUAAUCAUAAUGUUCUUUGUAAAUAUUGGAAAACCACUGCACACACAAACACAAAAUUAACCUUUUGCUAACUGCAGCUGUUGUAUUCAUCCAAAACCCAAGCCGCAUACUGAUUGGUGAUAAUUUCUGCUAUGCUAAUACUUGUAUAAACCAAUAUUAAGAGGAGGAGUUUAAACUUUUCAUUUGUAUUAUAGUCCCACAUACAAGAACAUUUGUUACUUCUGUUAAUGCUGAAAAGGAAAAAAGAGAAGGUUAUGUGUAUUGUAAAAAUAAGGAUUUUGUAUUGCUACUGGGUGGCAUGUUAUUGAGUAGUGCUUUGGUCUUGUAAGAAAAUUAUCACAGGCAUUUGAACAGUUAAAAAAGAUGUAUAGUGUUAUGGGGAUAAAAGGGGUGGUCCAUCUAAAAAGUAAUGCUUAAUAUUAUAUAAACAGUGAUAAUCUGCUCAGUUUGCAGCUGGUCUCCUUUUUCUAUUUUAAAGUUUUUGUGGUAAUUAUUUGCCUUUCUGUUAAAGCUAUUAGCUUAUUGAAAAGCUAAGAAGGCUAUUAAUGGGCUGAGGAGAUGUUCACCAAACUGGAGCAGCACAAAUAGUUCUUCUCAAUGCGGUUGAAAAAAAUUCUGUCAAGGUCAAACGUUCAAAAUGAUUGACCAUACAAUUAAAUAUUACACCAAUUUCUGCAAGGUUGCUGGGUUCAGGCAUACCUGCCAACCUGUAAUCACAUUUAUUCUAAAGAUGGAUUUUUAUUUGCAUAUCUUUGUAUUUAGACCCUUUCCUAUACAUCUAGACCUUAAUACCCAGAUAACAGAUUCAAUUCCACAAUGAAGAGUUCCAUAAUAAAAAGUGAUAUACUUUAAAAACAUCAAAGGAUAUAACAUAAAGACCAACUGCAAACUGACUUAGUCUUUUAGCAUGAUGUAUGCAAAUGGCUUCAGAAUAUGUAUGUUUAUAUAUACAGGUAUAUAUAAAUAUAUCAUGCAAAGGAAAAUGGCACAUGGGACAUUUUGUGGCUCACAGAAAAUCACAAUCCCUGCUUGAUCCAAAAUGGCCAAAACUACCUUUCAAGUGCCUUGCAGUUGUUGUUUUUGAACAUUUAAAUUUCCAAAUUCUGUGAAAAUGUAGAAAAAAACAUUUUUUAGUGUGAUUAUGCAACUCAUUUGGCUAUUUUCAAUUUGAAGGCAGUUUUGUCCCUUUUGUGGCCAGCAGGGUGCAAGAAUUACCACAGCUGGCAAGAUGCCCUGUGAGGCAUUAGCCUAAAAGUUACUUCUAGGUAUCACUAAUAGGAGCCCUCAGGCCCUCACUUGGGUUGCUGCAUUCUAGACUAUUCCUUUAAUAACAAGGUCUUUAUUCAAUGAGACUAUAGUUGCAUUAUGUGCCACUAUGUUGCCUUUAACUGGUAUGUAUUGUAAAUGCACUAUUUUCUCUCUGUUAUAAAUGUUUAUGGCUUUUAUACCAAUUGUGCCAGCUGUGCAUCUGCUAUUUUCCAAAAGAAGCAGUGACCCAAUCAAUCAAUGACUAAUGGAUGUAAUACAAAUACAUAUCUGUGUAUAUCCUUCCAAGCCAGUAAAGUUGGAAUUUUACAGUUUUAA